AUGGAAGCCUCCCUACCACAGCUUGCACAACUUGGUGCUACUUUCCUCCAACAUCGGAAGGAUCCUAAAAUAACGGAAUUCAACGAUCUGUUUGAUCAUAUCACAGAGGAAUACGCUCAGGCUGUCGAGUUAUACAACAAGGCUGACUUGCUUGGGAGGACGCUGUCAACAACAGGUGCUCCGUCUACCUCACAAGCGUUGAAUGAAUUCAAUGAAAUUGAGUCUCUUCUUUGCGAAGGACAAACAUUGAAGCAUCUAUAG